UUUCAACAGGUUGUGUUUAAAGACGCCUUCUCUCUCGCAUAAAAAUCACUCACAAAUUUCUCGAGCACGAAGAACAGAAGAGAUGGGGAAAGGUCCAGGUCUCUACCCCGAUAUCGGGAAAAAAGCCAGAGAUCUUCUUUACAGAGAUUACCAGGGCGACCAUAAGUUUUCUCUCACAACAUAUACCGCCAACGGAGUUUCAAUCACCUCAUCAGGAGCUAAGAAAGGCGAGCUGUUUUUGGCUGAUGUGAACACAAAACUCAUCAACAAAAACAUCACAACCGAUGUCAAAGUGGACACAAACUCUAAGGUUUUCACCACCAUCACCAUUGAUGAAGCUGCACCUGGACUCAAAACAAUCUUCAGCUUUGUUGUUCCUGAUCAGAGAUCUGGCAAGGUGGAACUUCAAUACUUGCAUGAACAUGCAGGAAUCAGUACAAGCAUCGGUUUGACCGCAAGUCCCAUAGUCAACUUCUCUGGUGUGGCUGGAAACAACACGGUUGCAUUCGGGACCGAUAUUUCCUUCGAUACUGCUUCCGGAAACUUCACCAAAUACAAUGCGGGACUCAGUUUCUCAACUUCUGACCUCAUUGCAUCCUUGACACUGAAUGAUAAAGGUGACACGCUUACUGCUUCCUACUACCACACUGUGAGUCCAUUGACUAAUACGGCUGUGGGUGGUGAGUUGACUCAUGGGUUUUCGAGUAAUGAAAACUCGUUGACUUUUGGGACACAUCACUCAUUGGACGCGUUGACUACGGUCAAGGCUCGGGUCAAUAAUUUUGGAAUUGCAAGUGGUCUUCUUCAGCAUGAAUGGCGCCCGAAAUCGGUUUUUACUAUCUCGGGGGAAGUGGAUACAAGGGCUAUUGAAAAGAGUGCUAAGGUUGGUUUGGCUCUUGCUUUGAAGCCUUGAAUUUUGGAAAUGAAGGAACGAUUCACCCGAAACAAUACAUGUGUCUGGUUUUGAUGAUAUUUGAUAUGUUGGUUUUUGUAUGGGUGAAGAUAAAUAAUGUAGGUAGGUAGAUAGGUCACUU